AUGAAUUCGACUUCAGGUCUUCUCAGCCUCGCACCAGGCGAGUGGAGAGGCGAUGAUGGCAACUGGUCGACGUUCAGUGUCUUAGUAGAUGGUGCAUCUGGGCCCUUCUACGUCUUGCCGGCAACUGGAGGCUCGCAGAUAUGGCUUCCAAACCCGAUAAUGGCAUGCCAGGGUUCUACGAUCCCAGAUUGCAAUGGCGAACGAGGUAUUCCCAACUACACUUCACUGGACAAAGCGUCCGGCUGGACCCAAUAUGGCACCUCGAACAUGUCCGCAACGCCGCCCAUUUUUGAGAUUGACCGUGCAAGUUUCUGGUUUGGUUCAGUUGGGUGGAACAGCGUUAAUAGUGGAGAUAUCGAGACACCUGAUAACAGAACAACCAUUGCCUCAUACACCGAUAGGGAGUAUUGGCUUGGACUCGUCGGCCUCGGGAACGAUCCAACGCGUUUCGACAUGCAAACAAUGUUGUCCAGUCCUUUGCAAGCUUUGAAGGACGCAGGACACAUCGGCAGCCUUUCAUAUGGCUACACUGCCGGAGCUGCAUACUUGGAUGAAGAGGCUGGAAGCCUGACCCUGGGCGGAUACGAUGAAGCUCGGUUCCAGUCCGAUAACGUGGUCAACGUCACGAUGAAAGAUGCAGGAAGGAAAUUGCAGCUGCAAAUGACAGAUAUCAGUGUGUCCGGUGGGAUUCAAGGAGGGAUCAAGACGCUUUUGACGCCAGAAGAGUUGCCAGAAGGAUUGUCGGUUCUCUUGGACUCGUCGACAGCUCAACUUUGGUUGCCAGCCGACGUGUGCCAACAAUUUGCCGAAGCCUUCGGGUUGACGUAUCAGGAACCAUUGAACCUGUACACGAUCGAUCAGACGUCCCGUGGCACUCUUCAUGACCACAAGGCGAACCUGAGCUUCACCAUUGGAGCAGGUAGCACCCUGGAGACUUCGACGACCAUCGUCUUGCCUUUCAGAGCCUAUGACCUAACUUUGUUCCCACCCUUAGCGGAGACAAGUGCAGGGGCCUCGUACUUUCCACUUCGAAACGCGACAGCGGAAAGCGGCAAUAUCCUCGGCCGGGUAUUCCUUCAAGAGGCGUAUGUUGUGGUGGACUGGGAGAGAAGCGUUUUCAAUGUCAGCCGAACGACACAUGCAGUCCAAAGUCCUCGCUUGGUGCCCAUCGCGUCAAUCGACUCGACCUCGUCAGAUACGACCGGAAACAAGUCGCUGACCAGAGGUGGACAGGCUGGCAUCGUGGUAUCGUGCCUGAUCCUCCUUUUUGCCAUUGUCGCAGUUCUGUGGUGGUUUCGACGCCGUAGAAGCCGCGAAAGAGACCGGAAAGCAUUGACAAUUGGCACUGUCGAGACGAUAGAGACGGGGUGGGAGAAGCCGGAGCUGAUGGCAAAGGAGAGCAAGAGCGGCCAAUUCCUUGAACUUGACUUCCUCAGGGGUGGAGAGGCGGAUUCCACGCAAUUGCUCGAAAUGAGCGGCUCGGAAGUCGAGCGAGAAUUGAUGUCGACAGAGGUGCUGGAGAUGGAGGGCGACUUGGUGCAGCAAGAUGUGAAGAAGUCGGUUGGUGGCGAUAAAGAGGCAAACGAUAAAGAGGAGAAGAAAGUGGGAUCGGUACAUGAGUUGGAGGCGCGACAGUUCUGCGAACGUGAUAUCUGGGCAUCUGUGAAUGCAUUAGCUGAACUUUGCGAAUGA